AUUCUGAUUGGAGCGUGGUUCAUCUACUUCCUGUCUGUGGCAGCUGCUUCCUGUCUGAGGCAGCUACUUCCUGUCCGAGGCAGCUACUUCCUGUCUGUGGCAGCUACUUCCUGUUGUCUUCCUGAUGGACCCCCCUUCGUACGACGCUCAGUCCCCCCACUAUCCUCCCGCUCCCACGACCGCCAUAGCAACCCGCUCCUCCCUUCCUAUCUACCCAACACCAAACACACCCCCACCCACCUACGGAGAAGCAGUCACCAUGCAGUCAGACCCGUUUCCUGUCCUGACUCCGCCCACCUGGCAGCCACCACCCAAUCAGCAGCAGACUGGCGUCAUCCUCCACCAAUCAACACAAAUUGUCAACAUGGAGAGCGUUCAGCAGCAUUCCCCAACGGUGGUGAUCAUCCAAUCAGAGGCUGUGGGUCCGCUGGGCGAUGCCCCCUGUAUGACACAGUGUUCUAACUGUCAUCAGCGCGUCACGACGGUCGUCACAUACGAACCUGGCUUGGCUGCAUGGGCCAUGUGCAGCCUGUUCAUACUAUUGGGGUUAAUCUGUGGAUGCUGUCUGAUCCCGUUCCUGGUCCGAGGGUUCCAGGAUGCUCAUCACUCCUGCCCGCACUGCCACGCCCACCUCCAUAUACACACCAGGUGACAUCAUCACUACAAGACGUGACAUCAUCACUACAAGACGUGACAUCAUCGCUACAUGACAUAACAUUUGUUUUUUGUAUUUAUUAUGGAUCCCCAUUAGUUCCUGCCAAGGCAGCAGCUACUCUUCCUGGGGUCCGGCAAA